ACCCAGCCUGGAAGAAGACCUGCUAUCUUAGUGUAAGAAGGGUAUCGCACAGCCCGCGGACCUGGAUCCAGUGAGUCGUACGGUUUAGAGGCGCUGGGGGAUUUGUAUAUUUAGGAUCUUGGGUCUCUUACUUCUCUGCUCGAUCUCACUCCCUCAGGAUUACAUUAAAAAAAGCAACUCAGCCAUGCCUGUAAGAACAACACCUGCCCCCUUAAUCAAGAGGAGAAAGCCCACCAAAGUCAUCAUUGACCUAUCAAAAAUCAGUCAAGAUGAGUACGAGAUCGUGCAAAAUAUAUCCGAGUUCGACUUGGGAAGAAAGAUCGGGGUGCCAAGGGACAUCAUGUUGGAGGAGCUCUCACUGCUCAAGAACAAAGGCUCCAAGAUGUUCAAGAUGAGGCAGCAGCGUGUGGAGAAGUUCAUCUACGAGAACAACCCCGACAUCUUCAUCGGUGACUCCAAUGACGAGCUGCAGGGGUUCGUUCCCUCGCUGGGCGGUCACAUGGGGAGUCAGACCAUAAACCUGGGCGGGUAUUUGCUUAGCAAGGACGUAGGGCAGCUGCAUUACGGAAUGUUUCGAUAUGGAGGCAGCGGCGGCCCCGUGCCUCUCCCAAAGCCUGGAAGCAAGGAUGGAGCCGCAGGAGGAGCGGGAGGUGCUGGAGGAGCAGGUGGUGCAGGGGAACACGGUGAAGGCCAGCAUGGGAAAGAUGGAAAGGGAGAUGGAUCUAGUGAGGGGUCUCCACUGAAAGGCGGUGGGAAAGGUGACGCAUCCAAAAAGAUGCACGGGGAGGGUUACAAAUCACCAUGGGAGAAGGCCAUGAAGGGCGACGCAGGUUUGAUAGCCACUCUAAGCGCAGAAAUGCCUGGCCCCUGUAAGCAAAUCGAACUGCGCAAGUACAAAAGCUUCAACAGGAGUGCUAUGCCCUAUGGCGGAUAUGAAAAGGCCAGCCAGUGCAUGAAAUUCCAGCUGCCAGACAGUGUGAAAAUCCAAUUGAUGGCCGAGCCCCUGAUGGUGUACGAGAAUGACCUCAACCUCCGACCUUCUUUCAACCGCACGCCCAUUGGCUGGAUGGGCAGCAGCGAGCCCUGCAGCAUCCACGUGGAGGUGCCCUACGAGGGGGAGACCGACGAGCUGUGAAGAGUAGCCGCGUUGUUACUAACGCCCAGCCCACCGUGCUCAGACUAACACAUACAGUCCAUGCAAAGAAAACAUGAGAGGAUGCACGCAUACAUGCUGGCAUGCACACUCACCUUAGAUGACAUGUGGCACUGUUCUUGCUCUGAAAGGCAAAAGAACAAAAUGUACACAUUUUACAGAUUAAAUGUGACUCUCUUAAACAUACUUCAUGUCAAUGUGUCUGCAUGUCCUGUUGUGGUAUCCAAGCUCUUCUGUGUUUUAAAGUUUCUAUGACCUCAUAGGUUGCAUGCGGAGAUUUAACUGCAGAACACUUAGCCUAUUAUUUCAUCGACUGUUUAUUUCAAAUAAACCCUUUUUCAAACUGCAACAAUAUUUGUCAUGAGGCCUUGU